AUGGAGGAGCAAGGAUCUGAACCGCCCCCUUAUCCGGAGCCGCCCCCCUACCCCGGCUCGACACAGGCCGACGAGGCAGAAGACCUCGGGACGCAGACGCUCUACAUCCUCCACCGCUUCAUCCGCGUUGGCAGCCCCCAAGGACCGGCUCUGUACGAACUCUCCCACCACAUCGACUUCCUGACCGAGUCCGAACACAAGGUUGUCAUGGAAAGGAUACAGUACGGUCAUCGAACAGGUGUCCCGCGUGCCCACCCGCUGAAACGGCCCAUGUUCGAGCUCCACCAUCACAAGGCGUGGGAGUUUCCCAUGUUCCCCUACCAAGCCGAGGCCCAGUCGCGCACCGCACCGCCGCCGAUGGGCAUAGACAGAGCCGGCCACCGGUUUAUGGGAAGUCAGAACUAUCAGAUAUACCGGGGGCGGUGGGGGUCGGAUAAGCGGCUCUACAAGACCGACCAGCUUGUCUUCGAGGUCGGGCCGUCCAAAGAGAGUAGACGGCGAGGCGGCUCCAGUGACGGCUCCGGUGCUGUCUGGGAAUGGACCGAUCGGAGUGGCGUGCUGCUGGCGAGGGAGCUGGUGCAAGAUGGCAUUAUGCGCUUGGAGUGGGCGGUCGAUGUGCCCGCACAGCAGCGAGAUGCUCUUGCUGCUGCCUGGGUGCUGCGCAUCUGGAUGGUCGAGCAUGCUGCACCGAGAGAGGGGCUCAGGAACAGAGGUAUGUUUGCGCCAGUGACGGUUGAGAGAGAGGGGGGGAGAGGAGAGAUUGAGAAACGGAUGCUGAUGAAUGUGACAUUCUCUAGCACGUCGGGUCAUGAGCCGCCACAAUCGAGAUACACAACUGAUGGCCUCAGCCUUCAAUUCCGGCAUGCUGGGCAGUGCGGUCUAGCUCGCUUCAGAACCUCCCUGUUUACAAACGCAUUUGUCCAGGAAUGCUGGCGAGUCCCGCAGACUUCGAACGAGAACGGUUCCUCAUGCCGCUGCCUGGUCUACUCAAAGUUUCGAUUCAACACUGCUCCUCCUCGGCCGAGUCGCCAGUUCGCGAAUGCAACCGGUCCAUCCAUCAACUCCGUUCGGAGGAACGAAAUCGACUAG